UCAGAGUGAAAAUUCAAAAAACCAAAACAAAAAAAUGGGCACAGUAGCAUCACCACACUUUGUCAUAUUUCCUUUCAUGUCUCAUGGUCACACCAUCCCACUCCUUCACCUCGCCACCCUUUUACGCCACCGUUUCAUCACCGUCACCAUCUUCACCACCCCCGUUAACGCCCCCUCCAUCCGCAAUUUUCUACAUGACGUAUCCAUCUCCGUUAUCGAACUCCCUUUUCCUAAAAACGUACAUGACAUCCCUCCUAAUAUCGAAAAUACGGAGAAGCUUCCUUCCAUGUCCUAUUUUUAUCCAUUCGCUAGAGCUACAAAGCUGAUGCAGCCGCUCUUCGAGCAGGCUCUAUCAGCUUUGCAACAUCCGCCUACGUGUAUUAUAUCUGAUGCGUUUCUUGGAUGGACUCAAGAAUCGGCCCAAAAAUUUGGUAUCCCAAGGUACUUUUUUUUUGGUAUGAGUGUUUUCGCAACGACCAUGUAUCAACUUAUUGGUAUAGAACGUCCUCAUGCUGAACUAUUUCACGAGAAUUUUACGUUUUCAAGUUUCCCAUGCUUGAAGCUCACAAGAAAUGAUUUUGAACCUCCAUUUGGAGACCUUGAGCCAAAAGGUCUAGCCGUGGACUUUAUGAUAGAACAAGCUAUUUCCUUUACAAAGAGCCGUGGCAUGAUCACCAACAGCUUUUACGAAGUAGAACCAAGAUUUGUAGACUAUUUCAACCAACACCUCGGACCAAAAUCAUGGUGUGUAGGGCCUCUUUGCCUAGCUAAGCGGCCCAUGACAGCAACACUCUCACAAACCGACGAAACAUGGAUUCAAUGGCUCAAUAAUAAAUUGACAGAAAAACAACCGGUUCUGUAUGUAGCAUUUGGUACUCAGGCAGAAGUUUCCGCCGAGCAAAUACAAGAAAUCGCAAAGGGACUUGAGUUAUCCAACACAUGUUUCUUAUGGGUGACAAGACAAAAGGUGGUGGAGCAUUUACAGGGGUUUGAAAACAGGGUAAAAAACAGAGCAUUAAUAGUGAAAGAAUGGGUAGAUCAGAAUGAGGUGUUAAGUCACAAAAGCAUCAAAGGGUUUUUGAGUCAUUGUGGAUGGAACUCUAUUUUGGAAAGUAUAUGUGCUAAAGUCCCUAUUUUGGCACUACCCUUUAUGGCUGAGCAGCAUUUAAAUGCAAGAAUGGUGACAGAGGAAAUUGGGGUGGGAUUGAGGAUUAUGCCGAGAAAUGGAUCAGUUAGGGGUUUAGUGGAAGGUGUAGAGGUUGAGAAAAUGGUGAGAGAGUUAAUGGAAGGUGAAAAGGGAGAAAUGGUGAGGAAGAAAGUGAAGGAUUUGGGAGAAAAUGCAGAGGAAGCUAUGAAAGAAGGUGGAUCAUCUUGGUCCACAUUAGGCCUCCUUAUUGAUGAUGCCUGCGCCGGAAAACUUUGAAAUCCCAACUUACUACCUGGGGCGGAGCUAGAAUUUAGAGUCUAUGGAUUAUUAAUUUGCUAUUGAAUAUAUAUAUUUAAUAAAUCUUCUAAUACUAAUACGACUAUAAAUUCGUACUUAUUAUUGUAGCUUCAUGUUCUCCCCCUGUUGAUGUUUAAAGCCUUUGUGCCUAAUAAUUAAUAGCCGUUUGCUUUAAUUUGAUCAUCUAAUAAGAAGUUUGCAGUUUAUCAA